CAGCACCGGCAGCCUGCUGGGGGCUGACCUGAUUCCCUAGAAUCCUCAGCUCCCUUCCUCUUUCCUCCGACGUCCUUCCUUCCCCUUUUCUCCUCUUUCCCCCCCUUUUCUCCUCCCCAGAGAAGCAGCUCCCUGAAACAAAGAACGCGGGCUCUCCAGGCAUCGGCGCCUAAGCCCAGCACACUGCCAGCGGCAGCUCGUUCCGGGGACCAGGGCUCUCCCGCUCCGCAUCCCCUCCCCAACCUCCCCCGCCUCCCGCGCUCGCUCGCUCCCUCCCCGCUCGCUUCCUCCCCCACCUUCGCGGCGCUGGGAGGAAGGCGGCCCGCGCUCAAGAUGGCUUUAGCCGGGCUCUGCGCCCUGCUCGCCUGCUGCUGGGGGCCGGCGGCGGUGCUGGCCACGGCCGCCGGCGACGUGGAUUCGUCCAAGGAGCUGGAGUGCAAGCUCAAAAGCAUCACAGUGUCGGCGCUGCCCUUCCUGCGCGAGAACGACCUGAGCAUCAUGCACAGUCCCUCGGCCUCUGAGCCCAAGCUCCUCUUCUCGGUGCGCAACGACUUCCCGGGAGAAAUGGUCGUGGUGGACGACCUGGAGAACACGGAGCUGCCCUACUUCGUGCUAGAGAUCUCAGGGAACACGGAGGACAUCCCUCUGGUGCGCUGGAGGCAGCAGUGGCUGGAGAAUGGCACUUUGCUUUUUCACAUCCAUCACCAGGAUGGCGCCCCGAGCCUCCCCGGACAAGACCCCACUGAGGAACCCCAGCAUGAGUCAGCAGAAGAGGAGCUGAGGAUCCUCCACAUCUCAGUCAUGGGUGGCAUGAUUGCUCUGCUGCUGUCCAUCUUGUGCCUGGUGAUGAUCCUGUACACUCGCCGGCGCUGGUGCAAGCGCCGCCGGGUGCCCCAGCCCCAGAAGAGUGCCAGCGCCGAGGCAGCCAAUGAGAUUCACUACAUUCCUUCUGUGCUGAUCGGAGGGCACGGGCGGGAGAGUCUGCGCAACGCCCGCGUGCAGGGCCACAACUCCAGCGGCACCCUGAGCAUCCGGGAGACACCCAUCCUGGAUGGCUAUGAGUACGACAUCACUGACCUGCGCCACCACCUGCAGAGGGAGUGCAUGAACGGAGGGGAGGACUUCGCCAGCCAGGUCACUCGCACCCUCGACUCCCUACAAGGCUGCAACGAGAAGACUGGGAUGGACCUCACACCAGGAAGUGACAAUGCCAAGCUGUCACUGAUGAACAAAUAUAAAGAUAACAUCAUUGCCACCAGCCCUGUGGACUCCAACCACCAGCAGGCAACCCUGCUCUCUCACACCUCCAGUAGCCAGAGAAAGCGGAUCAACAACAAAGCAAGAGCUGGUUCUGCCUUCCUAAACCCUGAAGGGGACUCUGGCACAGAGGCAGAAAACGACCCCCAGCUGACGUUUUACACCGACCCGUCUCGGAGCCGGAGGCGCAGUAGAGUGGGCUCUCCCCGAAGUCCUGUGAAUAAGACCACCUUGACGUUAAUCAGCAUCACCAGCUGUGUGAUCGGCCUCGUGUGCUCCUCUCACGUGAGCUGCCCUCUCGUUGUCAAGAUCACCCUGCACGUUCCUGAGCACCUGAUCGCCGAUGGAAGCCGCUUCAUCUUGCUGGAGGGGAGCCAGCUGGAUGCCAGUGACUGGCUGAACCCUGCCCAAGUGGUGCUCUUCUCUCAGCAGAACUCCAGUGGGCCCUGGGCCAUGGACCUCUGUGCCCGGCGGCUCCUGGACCCCUGUGAACACCAAUGCGACCCCGAAACUGGUAGGCGGGAGCACCGGGCAGCGGGGGAAUGCCUCUGCUAUGAAGGUUACAUGAAGGAUCCAGUGCACAAGCACCUUUGCAUUCGGAAUGAAUGGGGGACAAACCAGGGGCCUUGGCCUUACACGAUAUUUCAGCGAGGCUUUGACCUGGUUUUGGGAGAACAGCCGUCUGAUAAAAUAUUCAGGUUCACCUACACCCUUGGGGAAGGCAUGUGGCUGCCCCUCAGCAAGAGCUUUGUGAUCCCACCAGCUGAACUGGCCAUCAAUCCAUCAGCGAAGUGUAAGACGGACAUGACAGUGAUGGAAGAUGCUGUGGAGGUCAGAGAGGAGCUGAUGACCUCGUCCUCCUUCGACAGCCUGGAGGUUCUCUUAGAUUCCUUUGGUCCAGUGCGUGACUGCAGCAAAGAUAACGGUGGCUGCAGUAAGAACUUCCGUUGCAUCUCAGAUCGCAAGCUGGACUCCACUGGUUGCGUGUGCCCAUCCGGACUCAGCCCCAUGAAGGACAGCUCUGGCUGCUAUGACCGCCACAUUGGAGUGGACUGCUCAGACGGCUUCAAUGGCGGCUGUGAGCAGCUGUGUCUCCAGCAGAUGGCGCCCUUCCCGGACGACCCCACCUCGUACAACAUCCUCAUGUUCUGCGGGUGCAUCGAGGAUUACAAGCUUGGUGUGGAUGGACGCUCUUGCCAACUCAUCACUGAGACCUGCCCAGAGGGAGGUGACUGUGGGGAAAGCAGGGAGCUUCCCAUGAACCAGACCCUCUUUGGGGAGAUGUUCUUUGGUUACAACAACCAUUCCAAGGAAGUAGCUGCUGGACAAGUGCUGAAAGGCACAUUCAGGCAAAACAACUUUGCUCGAGGUUUAGACCAGCAACUGCCAGAUGGUCUUGUGGUGGCCACUGUCCCCUUGGAGAAUCAGUGCCUGGAGGAAAUCUCAGAGCCCACCCCCGACCCCGACUUCCUGACUGGGAUGGUGAACUUCAGUGAGGUGUCUGGAUACCCCGCGCUGCAGCACUGGAAGGUGCGGUCUGUGAUGUACCACAUCAAGCUCAGCCAAGUGACCGUCUCGCAGGCCCUCAGCAAUGCUCUCCACUCCCUGGAUGGGGCUACGUCUCGUGGGGAUUUUGUGGCCUUGUUGGACCAGUUUGGCAACCAUUACAUCCAGGAAGCUAUCUACGGCUUUGAGGAGUCCUGCUCUAUCUGGUACCCAAACAAGCAGGUCCAGCGGCGACUGUGGCUGGAAUAUGAAGACAUCAGCAAAGGCAACUCCCCAUCUGAUGAGUCGGAGGAGCGGGAAAGAGACCCCAAGGUGCUGACAUUCCCGGAAUACAUCGCCAGCCUGUCGGAGUCUGGCACCAAGCGCAUGGCGGCUGGAGUCCGCAUGGAGUGCCAGAGCAAGGGACGAUGCCCCUCGUCCUGCCCUCUGUGUCAUGUGACAUCCAGCCCUGACACCCCUGCCGAGCCAGUUCUGCUGGAGGUGACCAGAGCAGCCCCCAUCUACGAACUGGUGACUAACAACCAGACCCAGAGGCUCUUGCAGGAGGCCACCAUGAGCUCUCUGUGGUGCUCAGGGACUGGAGAUGUCAUCGAGGACUGGUGUCGAUGCGACUCCACCGCUUUCGGAGCUGAUGGACUCCCCACCUGUGCGCCUCUCCCACAGCCUGUGCUGAGACUCUCCACGGUUCACGAGCCCAGCAGCACCCUCGUGGUCCUGGAGUGGGAACACUCAGAGCCUCCAAUCGGGGUGCAGAUUGUCGAUUACCUCAUCCGUCAAGAGAAGGUCACUGACAGGAUGGACCACUCCAAAGUGGAGACAGAAACGGUGCUGAGCUUUGUGGACGACAUCAUCUCUGGAGCGAAGUCUCCUUGUGCCAUGCCUUCUCAGGUGCCAGACAAGCAGCUCACCACCAUCUCUCUGAUUAUACGAUGCCUGGAGCCCGACACCAUCUACAUGUUCACCCUGUGGGGAGUGGAUAACACAGGACGACGCUCCAGGCCAAGUGACGUGAUCGUGAAGACCCCCUGCCCCGUGGUGGAUGAUGUCAAAGCCCAAGAGAUAGCAGACAAGAUCUACAAUCUUUUCAACGGCUAUACCAGCGGGAAGGAGCAACAGACGGCCUACAACACCCUUCUGGAUCUGGGUUCCCCCACCCUACAUCGCGUCCUCUACCACUAUAACCAGCACUAUGAGAGUUUUGGAGAAUUCACCUGGCGGUGUGAGGAUGAAUUAGGCCCCAGGAAAGCUGGCCUCAUCCUUUCCCAGCUCGGGGAUCUCAGCAGUUGGUGCAACGGACUCCUUCAGGAACCCAAGAUAAGCUUGCGCCGCAGCUCCCUCAAGUACCUGGGCUGCCGCUACAGCGAGAUCAAGCCCUACGGACUUGACUGGUCAGAGCUCAGCCGGGACCUCAGGAAGACCUGUGAGGAGCAGACCCUGAGUGUCCCCUACAACGACUAUGGGGACAGCAAAGACAUCUAGUGCCGUGAUGCCAGAGAGCAGCUGCCAAAAGGAAGCAGGAGAGAGAAGGGGACAUUGGGGUUGGUUUGUGGCUUUUUAAUAUUUUUUAAUGGAACAUUGAAACCUCCACAGGUGACAUCUAAACCAGGGAGAGAGUGAUCCUCGCUCCCUGCAGAACUUCUUCAGUCUGAUGUUCUCCAUCUGCACGAUCAGUCAGCCUGCCCGCCAGCGGCUUCACGCGGUGCCAUUUCUCUUCAGGGGAUUACUUUGGGGCUUGUUUUGUGUGAAUUUGUUUUGUUCAUUUUUUUUCCAAGAGGUUCUUCAAAAUGCUCAA